GGAGGUGGCGUAAAUCGUAAAAGAAGAAGAAGGUCCACUUGUGUGUCCACAUUCUGCGUCUCUUUGGGUUCCGAGUCGGCGUAGUCACUCAGUUUCUCUGGGCUCCGCGUUGUGGGGAACGAGCCAAAGAGAGCGACACUUUCCAAGGUGGACCGCGUCCUCGCUUUCGUGCUUUUUGGAUGUCCGAAGCGAUGUUAAUCCAGCAGUGAAAUCACGUUGAACGCCGCUUCUUUAUUCAUGACACCAGAGGAGCAGACAUGGAGCUCAACAAAGUGGUGACCCUGUGGAUAUUUUGCUUGUGUCUCAUUAGAGGAAGCCGGACCGACAGGCCCGGUUCGCUCUCGGCGGAUACUGCUGAAAAUGCAAUAUCAGAUUUCUGUCGCAUCGACGAGCCGCUGUGCCGGGACGAGAACCCCAUGCUGAGCUUCGAGGCCAUCCGCAGCAUCCACAAGCAAAUGGACGACGACAAGAACGGCAACGUGGACGUCGCGGAGACGGACGGGUUCCUGAGGGAGGAUCUGAACUACCACGACCCCAAGGCCAAGCACAACAGCUUCCACGGGGACGACCAGUUCAUCAGCGUGGAGGAUCUGUGGAAUACCUGGAAGGGCUCGGAAGUGUACAACUGGACGGUGGACGAGGUGGUGCAAUGGCUCAUCACCUACGUGGAGCUGCCGCAGUACGAGGAGGCCUUCCGCAAGAUGAGCUUCAACGGCAGCGCCAUGCCCAGGCUGGCGGUGAAGAACGCCACGCUGACGCACGCCACCCUCAAGAUCCUGGACCGCAGCCACGUUCAAAAGCUGCAGCUGAAAUCUCUGGACACCGUGCUGUUCGGGGCGCCCCUCAUGAAUCGACACAACCACCUGAAAGACUUCAUGCUGGUGGUGUCCAUCGUCAUCGGAAUGGGCGGCUGCUGGUUUGCGUACAUCCAGAACCGCUACUCCAAGGAUCACAUGAAGAGGAUGAUGAAGGACCUGGAGGGCCUGCAGAAGGCCGAGCAGAGUCUGCACGACCUGCAACAAAAGCUGCAGAUCGCCCAGGAGGAGCACCGCUCGGUGGAGGUGGAGAAGGUCAACCUGGAGCAGAAGCUGCGGGACGAGAUCAGCACGGCCAAGCAGGAAGCCCAGCGGCUCCGGGAGCUGCGCGAGGGCACCGAGAACGAACUCAGUCGACAGAAGUACGCCGAAGAGGAGCUCGAGCAGGUGCGCAUGGCUCUGAAGAAAGCCGAGAAGGAGCUGGAGUCGCGGAGCACCUGGUGCCCUCCCGAAUCGCUUCAGAAGUGGCUGCAGCUCACCCACGAGGUGGAGGUCCAGUACUACAACAUCAAGAAGCAGAGCGCCGAGCGCCAGCUCCUGGUGGCCAAAGAGGGGGCAGAGAAGAUCAAGAAAAAGAGGAACACCCUCUUUGGGACUUUCCACGUGGCGCACAGCUCGUCCCUGGAUGACGUGGACCACAAAAUUUUGGCGGCAAAACAAGCGCUGGGCGAGGUGACGGCCGCCCUGCGCGAGCGCCUCCACCGCUGGCAGCAGAUCGAGCUGCUGACCGGCUUCACGGUGGUCAACAACCCGGGCCUGCCGUCGCUGGCGUCGGCCCUCAACCUGGACCCCGGCUUCGUGGGGGGGCGCGCCACGCCGCAGCACUUCCUCGUGUCCGACGACAUGGACGACCUGGACGAGGACAUCCUGCCCGCCGUGCUGCAAUAUGGCGCUCGGCUUUUGGAGCGGCGAGCCAGUGACCUGUGGUCCCGAGGCUCGGAUUGUCAGCCCAUGUGGAAAAAUCUUGCUCCCAGCAUGAUGUCCCUGCGCCAGCGCCACAUUGACCCCCACCUGGCUUUGAGCUCGCAGAGGUUGGUAGAGGGUUCCCCGUCUGAGGGCCAGCAGGGGGAGGGAGCCUCGCACCCAGGUCCCCCCCGUCCUCGGCCCGCCUUCCGAGAGUCCCGGAGCCAGUCUUUCGGGCACCUGGAGAGUCUGUGUCUGCCCCCGCUGUCCUCCGCCGUGUCCCACCCCGCCAUCAUCUGUAGCUCGGGCGCCGCUGCGCAUUCCUCCUCCGUCGCCGCUCAUUCCUCGCACCUUCAUCAGCCUUCUUUCCAGCCCAUGGACCCGAUUCCCGACCUCACUUUCUCCGACGACUCGGAAGCGCACUCGGCGCCUCGCGACAGCUUCGGGGACCUGAAUCGCUCCGACUCGGACUCGUCGCUGUCCCUGUCGGCGUUUUCCUCCAAAGGCCUCCUGAUGAAGCCCGUCUCGCUGCUGCACGGCUUGCCCAACGGCGGCGCCCGGCACCACGAGGGCGGCGCCGGCGCCGAGCACCUGCCCGACAGCCCCGUCCUCAUGCGGAGGGCGCAGCAGCAGCAGCAGCAGGAGUGGGCGGCGGCGUCGGGCGAGGCCCACAGCCCCGCCGAGUCCACCCGCUCGCUCAGUUCCACCGAGCCGGAUACCCCCUCGCCCACCUGGGCCAAGGGCGCCGGCGCCACCCGCAUCCCGCAGCUGGCGGCCAAGAAGAGCCCGCUGGAGGAGGACAGCGGCUCCACGGGGGAGGAUACGGAUUCCGCGGCCGCACGCAAGAAACACACCUUCAAGAUCUUCAAGAAGCAGAAGAAAUAAGCCCCCCCACACCACCACCCUUUUUUCCCCCCUGUGUGUCUUUUAAUUUUCCUGCGCUGCUUGUUCCAACCUUCUGGACUGUGGGAGCAAGCAGGCGCUUCUCGUACUCACAAAAAAGUUUGCCUUCUGCGGCUGUUGGCUGAAAUUCUUUCUAAAAAAAACAUGGAAUGAGCACUUUAAAUAUCCAUUAGGCAAAAAUACCCCCCGCCCACAAAAAAAAAAAUGGUGGAUAUUUUUAAGUGAAACUUGUCUGCCAAUCAUAGAAGGGGCUUCCCUGAGAGGGCUGAGGAAUAACCACCUCAAAUUUGAGGGGUCUUUUUCCGAACGCAGUGACCGAAGGCGAUGGCACCAAAAAAAAAUAAACAACAAAAAAACAACCCAACAUUCCUCCUAAAGGCCAUUUUUUGCCACCAAAAAAAGUGCAAUUUCUACACAAGGCUUUAGCUGAUUUGAAGAAUGGUUGCCGCGUUGUAUUUGGUUUCAAGUGACCUUUCCUACCAAGCUUUUCAUUUUGGGGCAAAUCCCGUCACGUCGUGUGCGUCGAUCCAGAAAUGUCAGCCGACAGCCGCGUAUUUCCGACUUGCCGUGAGUCGUGCGAGUGUGCAUUUGUGUGUGUUUUGGGGGGUGAUGCAUUGUCAGUUAUUUAUUCUAUGCCACUCUCAAAGGGAAACAACCAUUUUUUUCCCCCCGUGCAUGUAUUUGGUUUGAGUGCUGACAAUUCCCCCGCCCCUCCCCUCAUUUUAUCAUAGACUCAUCGAUGACUCAAAAGGGGACAUCGAGUGCGAGCGAUACUUUUUGGGGGAUUUUUUGUGGCCUUGUAACCCAGACAAAACGACCCUGCGCUAUUGAAAGUGGGUCUGCCAGCGGUUCUUUAUUUUCUGUGCAUGGCUCUCAUUUGAAGCAACUAUUUAUUUGAACAGACGCCUUGUGUCCUAAGGAGAAAAAAAAAUGUUACCAAAAAGAAACAGUCGUAACGUUUGAGGUCCUCAAACACAAAAAUAUUUUUUUGAGCUUCCUGGGAACAUUUGUAAGCGGACAGAUAAUGCUAAAUCUCAACAUUUGUUUUUUUUGUCUCCACGAUCGGGCACGGCAACAGAGUUUGAGAGUUAUUUUGAAGCUUCACCGUGAAAAAGUGGAUGCGAGGGGCCAUUCGUUGUGGCUUGCAGCUUUAAUUUCUCAAUUUUUUUGGGGGGUGUCGUUAUAUGGUGUGUAGUAGAUCACGGAUGUGUCGUGGGUGCUGGAAAAGGGCUAAAAAAAAAAACCCCACCCCACCCCAAUCCUGAAGCAGAAAGACCAAGGUCCUCACAUCAAAGUGCCAAAUCGCCGUUUGCUGGCCAGCAUGAUGUUCGCUCGGAGCGUGUUCCGCAAGCAACGAAUCUUUUGUCUCGUAUUGUUUACAUUUGUCAAGGGGUCUCGCGGAACUAUGCAUCUGUACUUUCAGCUUUUUAUCAACCAAACAAACAUAAAAGGCAGUCGGCUGAAUUGUCAAGAUGUGGUUUGGUGACAAUUUUACCAAUGGCUGCUUUUGCGUUCUUGGCAAAUUUGCUCCAUGUUUUUACACGCCAGCUGUACUGAAUGUUUUUGUUGAUGCAUGGCAAAAGUGCUGCCCCUGCCCAGCCCACCAAUCGCCCUGUUCGAACUUCUGACCUUUCAACUUUUUAGCUUCUAUUUAUGACAUCCCCACCGUAUAUUUGUACAGAGACAACUUUUUUUGCAUCUUCUGUGAUGGUCUUUUAUGGCACUCUUGCAUGAAAGCAAUAAAACUAUUUUAAACAAAGAA